UGACCAAUGGGGUGCCGAUGAUCGGGUAUAUAUUUGGGAACACAGCACCUCUCGAAUCACAGCUCAGUCUUAACAGCACUCAGCUCGGAUUCACUGUUACCUGUCACAGUAAUCGGAAUCCCUACCAGGAUGGCUCGACUUUCGCUGUUCUUGCUGGUAUUGCUGGUGGCUGUCUCAAGUUGUCUGGCCAGAGGGUCCCAGAAGACUUUGACCCCUCCCCAGAAGACUGCGAGCCCUCCACCUAAAAAGGAGAGUUCGGAUGAGAAGAAAUGCCCUCCCAGUUUAUCCAGAGGAUGGGGCGACGAUAUUGAUUGGAUUCAGACCUACGAGGAAGGACUGCACAAAACUAGGAAAACUAACAAACCUUUAAUGGUUAUCCAUCACUUGGAGGAUUGCCAAUACAGUCAAGCCUUAAAGAAGGCAUUUGCUGAGAAUGAGGAAAUCCAGAAAAUGGCAAAAGAAGACUUUAUUAUGCUCAAUCUUGUGUUUGAGACAAAUGACGACAAUUUGAGACCUGACCAGCAGUAUGUUCCAAGGAUAAUAUUUGUCGAUCCUUCCUUAACAGUGAGGGCAGAUAUCACAGGGAAAUACGAUAACCGUAAAUAUACCUAUGAGCCUCAAGACAUGGAAAUCUUGACUGCAAAUAUGAAGACUGCCCGAAAGCUUCUGAAAAUUGAUUUAUAGAAGCUUGAAGUCACCUAUCUAUUAUAAGCUUUAUUCAUUACAUUACUUCUGUUCAACACUUGUAACUAUAAUACAGUCAUUGUGUAGAGUCACUAUCCCAAUAUUGUAUUGAUCUUUGCAAAACAAGUGUAAAUAAUGUUCUCCCAAUAACGGCAUCUUGGCUUGUAAGCAAUGACAUUUUAAUAAAUGCUUUUGAUAUCAA